AUGAACGGUCCCCUUUGCUUCUUGGGUAUAGAAAUGAGCCCAUAUGCUGUUGCCAAGACACUUGUGGUAUGGGAAAUGCUGCUCCAAUCUCAGGAACAACACCAUCUUAGAUCUGUGAUGCAAGUGUGGUUUAGUACAACGUGGGAAGAAGAAACUAUGGAAAUGGCAAAGCAAGCCCUCGCAAAUCUUUGCCAAUCUGACGAGAAGAGACACCCGAAGGUGACCGGUCUACUACGUCACUGGAAGGAUGCUGGCAAGAUGCCUCUGCAGAACGCCAGGACGCAAUGGGAAAACAGAUCGACAAAUGAGCGCUCCUUCGUCUCCCAUUUCCUGCGGAAGCAGGACAGGAUUGCCAUGGCAAAGUAUGAGCUAACUGGCGAUUUCGGCAUAAAACCUGGCGGAAAUCCCACUUGUGGCAAUAUUAUCAUGCUUGACUGUCCAGAAGGUACUGCCCCAUUGUCGAGAGAUGAAACCGUCUUCUCAUGCUUGAAUUGGGCAGCAAUUGCAUCUUCUCUUUACCCAAAUACACCAGUCAUUGAAACAGCCGAAAAUUAUGUCACGGAAAGGCUUUCAAAGGUUGCAGGCUGGGCGAGACUUGGAAGGGUCACUCUUAAGUUGGUCUGCGAUGAUGUUCAAAACAUGAUCGAGAGCAUUGCUGCAAGCAAACCCUGGACAAUGAGUUGGUCAAACGUUCUUGACUACAUUGACUACGCGGAUUUUCAUCGGUUGGCCCGAGCGUGCUCGAUUCAUGGUGAUACACUUCACUUUGGGUAUUCGAUGAAUUGGCCGACGAAUGUGUUUGGAGUCAAUAUCAUUGAUUUUCCAAGAAGGGAUCUUGCUGAUUUCCGCAAAAAGGUGUUGGAGAACGCCAAUCACUGUGUCGAAAUGCAGUACACAAUGCUCGGUUGGCAGAAGUACUUGAGGUUGCCACCUCCCACAAAUCCCAUCAACACGACAUGCUCCAUGCUGGAAAUGGGACAGUACAAGACUUGGGCCGACUACUUUUUUGGGAUUGGUCGACUUCAGGGGCCAUGCGAAGUGGGCAACGUUGAACAUGCUUUCGGAUCUCCAUUGUCGCCAACUGGGUCUUGCACAGUGUCGUUUACUUGGACCUACGACCCAGAGAUAAAGUUCAACGCAAUGCCAAACAACUACUUCUAG